CUCUUCUUCUUCUUUGAUCCCUCUUUUUUAAGGAAUUCCGAAAGCCAUUAGGCAUGGAUGAGAGACUCCUUCUAGAAACAAGAGGUAGUUUGACCGUGAGAGUUUGGGAGGAAUCAAAGAAGAUAUGGAGGGUCGGCUUUCCUGCCAUGUUAUCUCGAGUGUCAUCCUUCGGAAUGCUCGUUGUUACACAAGCAUUUAUGGGACAUUUUAGUGAGGUUGAGCUUGCAGCUUAUUCCCUCGUACAGAUAAUCAUUAUCCGCUUCGCAAAUGGAAUACUGUUGGGAAUGUCUAGUGCAACAGAGACUCUAUGCGGGCAGGCGUUUGGGGCAAAGCAAUACCACGUGCUAGGAAUUUACCUGCAAAGAUCAUGGAUUAUCAAUCUAUGUGCAGCAACCAUACUCCUACCAAUAUUCACCUUCGCGGCGCCAAUCUUCAAGUUACUUGGAGAGGAAGAAGAAAUGACACAACUUAGGAAUAGCAUCAUCGGAUGGCUGUCUGCAGCAUCAUUUGUGCUUCAUGUUUUCUUGUCCUGGAUUUUUGUCAUCAAAAUGAAUUGGGGGAUUCCUGGUGCAAUGAGUUCAUUGAUCAUUGCAACUUGGUUGGUGAUAAUUGGAGAGUUUGUGUACAUCUUUUGGGGUUGGUGUCCCAAUACCUGGAAAGGGUUCACUAUAGCAUGUUUUUCUAAUUUGCUUCCCAUGGUAAAGAUCUCAAUCUCCUCAGGAGUGAUGCUCUGCUUGCAGUUGUGGUACAAUGCAAUUCUAGUCCUCCUGGCAGGAUACAUGAAAAAUGCCACAGUUGCCAUAUCUGCCUUCUCUGUCUGCCUCAAUAUCAAUGCUUGGGAAUUCAUGUUAUGCCUUGGCUUGCUUGAUGCAUCCAGCGUUCGGGUUUCGAAUGAAUUGGGGAGAGGAGAUGUCGCAGCUCUAAAGUUUGCUAUCAAAGUCAUAGUAUGUACUUCAAUUUGUAUUGGAGUGUUCUUCUGUGCUCCAUGUUUGAUAUUUGGAUAUCAACUUGGUCACUUGUUUACAAGUGAUGAAGAAGUAGCAGAAUAUGUGUCACAACUCUCUUUCCUGCUUUCCUUCUCAGUUCUGCUCAACAGUACUCAGUCAGUGCUCUCAGGGGUGGCUGUAGGGGCUGGCAGGCAAGCUCUUGUAGCCUAUAUCAACAUUGUUUCCUAUUACGUCAUUGGGGUGCCACUAGGAGCAGUUCUUCGAUAUGUUGCUAAUUUGGAAGUGAAGGGUAUUUGGAUCGGGAUGACAAUUGGGGUUGCAAUUCAGUCAAUAAUACUUGGCUACAUUACAGCAAAAACAAAUUGGGAGGAACAGGUAAACAAAGCAUCAGAACGGUUGAAUAAGUGGCUCUUGAGGCCUACAAGUGAUUCUGAAGGAAACCCAGAUCAAGAAAGAAUAGAUGGAUAAACAACAAUAGAGGAAAAAUGUGUAU